UAUUUCUCUCUCUAUUAUUGUUUUUUCGUUCGCCUUUUUUCUCCUCUUUGUUCGUAUUAUUUCAUUCAAACCUCUGAAAAUCUUGAAUGACGAGAUUAGCAUCGCAAAAGCAGAAAACCCAGAUGGUUUCCCGUCUUUCGGAACCGGAAGUCGACGCAGCUCUCCAGUUGAUUCAGCUCAGCGGCGAAUCCUCCGCCUGCUCCGCCCCCAGCCACAACAAUAACGAUAAUGGCGGGUUUGAGGACAAAGGAGAUGAAGACAGCGUCGAAAUAUCUUCGGCCAUGAGGAACACAAUGAUUGAGGACGAGAACUUGGAUGACGAAGCUUGCCCACCAAGGAAUCGCAAGUUCCGAUCCAUUCUCGAUAUCUACACGGAGACCAAGCCUUUGUCCCCAAACAAUGAUAAGAAGAAGAAUAAAGCCGCGGCAGCGGGUAAGAACAAGAAAGCUAGGCUAGUUUGAUGAUGAUGAUGAUGAUGAUCAUGAAGAUUCAUUAUCUUAUCUUUCUUCGGUUUCAGAUUGAUUGCGAAAACUCGAAAACUAUGUCGUAAUUGAUCUGUUUUUUUUUUUUUUUUUUUGAUGUAUGUACAUAUAUAUAUAUAUUAGCCACCGCAACUCUUUCCUUAAGUUUUUCUUAAUGAUGUUUUUUUAGUUAUAAUAAUAAUAAUAAUCUUUGGGUUUUUGAAUCGUCUAACUGAUGAUUAAUUGGUGUUGUUGAAAAGAAAAAUUAUCUGAAACCCGUUUCUCAUAUGUUUGAUCAUAGUCGGUCCCGCAUCCGCAUAAUAAAAUUAUCUGCUUAAUUCAUCAGUAAUUUAUCUUAAAAUGUUUUUACCCAGAUUCUGAUUACGAUUGAGGAUGGAUGAGUGCGUUUUUUGUUAUUUUUAUGUGGCAUUAUGGG